CCUCUGCCCCAUGCAGUUCCCCCUCCAGCCGGUAGACGUCGCUGUUGCUUCUUGUUGGCUGACAGCGUUGAGUAUAAACUUCCGGUAUGCUCCUAUAGUGUUUCUCUUCCGCCGGUCCAGGUCAACAUGGGGCGAGUCAGGACCAAGACAGUCAAGAAGGCCGCCAGGGUCAUCAUUGAGAAGUACUACACCCGUCUGGGAAAUGACUUCCACACCAACAAGAGAGUGUGUGAGGACAUCGCCAUCAUUCCCAGCAAGCCUCUACGCAACAAGAUUGCUGGGUAUGUGACUCACCUGAUGAAGCGUAUUCAGCGCGGUCCAGUCAGAGGAAUCUCCAUCAAGCUGCAGGAGGAGGAGAGAGAGAGGAGAGACAACUAUGUCCCAGAGAUUUCUGCUCUGGACCAGGAGCUCAUCGAGGUUGAUCCAGACACAAAGGAAAUGCUCAAGCUGCUGGAUUUCGGAGGCCUUUCCAACCUUCAGGUCACUCAGACAGCUGUGGGAAUGAACUUCAAAACACCACGAGGAUUGUAGAAUCACGAGUCUCUCAAUAAAGUGAUAUAAAACAUCAACAA